AUGAGAGUUAUAACUGUGAGAGAUAAUAAUAAUUCAAGAAAACAUGCUCUUUUAAUACCAAAUAAUGAAUGGACACGACUAAAAAAAGUUUUGACUAAAAAGGAUGACGAAAGAGCUACGGUUGAGCUGACAAAGCGAUUAAGAGAAGAACGGAAAGCUACAUCCAAUGCCAUUACUGAAUCGUGGGACGCCACUGUAACAAACCAACGAAAGAAAGAAUUUGAAAAUAAACAAGAAUUAAUAGCCAUUAAUGAAGCCAAACAACAACAAAAAGACGAAAUUAUGUUACAUGAGAUUUUGAAGCGUAGAAAUGCUAUUGUAGAGAAGGCAAGGUUGCAAAAAUGGUCAGAUAGAGAUUCAAUAAAAGCGAUAACUAGAGCAGUCCACAAGAUAGAAGUGCUCAGAGAAAGAGAUAUACAAAUUGAAUUCAAUAAGGCAGAAAAAGCAAAAGAACUGGAAGCAAAUCGUUUAUUAAAAAUAAAACAAAAUUUAGAUGCUGAACAAUAUAAGAGAGACCGAUGGGAACAAAAAUUAAAGCAAGCUGAAACGAAAAAAGUUAAUGCUAUUAACUUCCAAAAAGAAUUGAAAGAACGAGAAAAUAAAAAGCGUGAUGAUGACAUUAAAUUAAAAGAAGAGGGCAAAUCUGAAUUACAAAGAAUUGCGAAUGAAAUUAAGGAAGACAAUGAAAAUAAAAAAGCUAAGACUUUAGCAGUAAGAAAAAAUGUAAUAAACCAAUUAAACGAGAAUAGAAAACUUGUGACUGAAAAAAUGAAACGACGUCAAUCACAAGAUAAAGAAGAAAAUUUACAAAUUUCAAUUAUGGCCGAAGCAAAAAAGAAAUUAGCUAAAAAAAUAAAACUGAAAGAAUUAGAAAUUUUAAAAAGAAGACAAACAUCAGAGAAAAAGUUUGAAACUGAAAACAAAAAUCUGGAUAGAAAAGAUGUUGAAUUCCAGAAGGCCAUCGAAGAAAAAGAGCAAAAGUAUCAAAAAGAAGAACUCAUAAAAAAACAUUUGAUAAAAAAGAGAAAAAAAGAUUUUGAAGAUUAUAAAAAAAUCUUGGAUGAACAAAUUGAAAAGGAAAAAAAUCGUUUGACCCUGAGUCAAAAGUGGGAAAUGGAGAGGUGUUUACGAGAGACUGAGGCCUUACGCUCACUUGAUGAGUCAAGAAGACAAGAAAAAGCCAGGGAGAUGAAUAGUUUUAGGAAGAAUCUCUACUUACAAUGUGAAAACAAUAGAGCAGCUACUAGAGCUAACAAACAGGUAGAUCUAGAACAAUAUAAUGCACACUUAAACUUAUUGCAGCAACAGGACGAGGAGUUAAUGACAUAUCGUAAUAAUAUGAUAGCUAAGUAUCAAAAAGCUGGAAUAUCAGUUAUACCAAAGUAG